GCUUGCCGCGGACUCGCCUACUUUGAAAUGUGACGCUCGCUCCGUAGACACAAUUUACUUGGGGCUGGCUUGCUCUCUUCUUUCAGUUUGCUGCUGUUUGGCUUUCUCAGGAUCUCGAAGUGUAACGUCCCGGGCUGAUGGGGCGCUUCUAUGGACCGGACAGCCCGAGGAGGAGGAGGUAUAAAGUUUCGCUUUCGCUCGCCGUCUGAUGAAAUUAAAUCGCGCUGUUAUGCAAUGCCUGAAUCAGCUGACUGAAAGCAGUAAAACCGGCAGCUAAGUAUUAAGCUUUGUGUUAAACAAGAAGAGGAAAACAGACCUAUAUCAUGUUAAACUUGAAUAACCCGGAGAAAAGCGCCUUCAGCGACCCUAUUUCAUUAAACGUCGGGGGGCAAGUUUACACGACCACCCUGGGCACGCUGACCAAGUUCCAGGACUCUAUGCUGGGCGCUAUGUUCAAAGGGGAGCUACCACUACUCAAAGACGACAAAGGCAACUACUUUAUCGACAGGGACGGUAAAAUCUUCCGGCAUAUCCUCAACUACCUGCGAUCGAGCUGCCUGGACCUCCCGAUUGGCUUCACAGAGAUGCCGCUGCUCAAAAGGGAGGCUGACUUCUACCAGAUCCGACCGCUGCUAGACGAGAUCGGACAGCAGGAGGCGCAAGACGUCGCCGGGGCUUGCAGUCGCAGUGCCGUCCUCAGUGUGGACGUGAACUGUCAAGAUCGCGUGCUGCACUUCAACUGGAAACGGGCGCCCGAGAACUACGAGCUCUUCACUUGCUCCGUCAGACUCCUCACCGCCAACGUCUUCUGCACCUCCUGCGCAGUAGUCGAGCUCUUGUGCCGCGCCUUCACCUACUGGACGUCUGGGGGUGCUGUGUCGCCCCUUCCCCUGGAGGGCGAACCUUGUUACUUGAGACUUGAAUGGACGCCCCGUCCACCAGAGUUGACCCAGGAGCAGUAUAACAAACACCGUUACCGUCAGUUAAGAGCACCUUGUGGACGGGAGAUUCUUGACUGUCGCGGCUUAGUGGAAGAGAUGCUGAAAGUGGCUUUAGCGCACGGUUUUAGGGUGGACUCCAUAUUCCCGGACCAUUCGGAUAUUUUAAACAGCAGCUCCCUGCGCUUCGUCCGCUACUGUACCAACUAAUAGUGGAGGUGGACCAGGGACACCAUGGUUGCCUUGUAAACUGCCGGCUCUUCCACUGAGGGGGAACUUAAUACUCAUGCAAAAUCAAUGCUUUUGCAAACCUACUCAGCAGUGCCUAUGGAAACUUUUGUGCACAGCUGAACAAGACAAACAAAAACUGACAUUCUUAACUUGAAAACCAUUCUAUAAAACUCCUGAAAAGGCUGUUACAGCUUAGGCAAUUUUUAACUAAAUGCUAGGAAUAUGAACCCUUUGGGAAAUCGUGAGGGAUAAGCUUCAGACUUCUAUGAUGAUUGGCAAAUGACCAGUAUCCUCUGGAACGGAAGCAGACAAGUACCCGUUUUGCACAGAAUACAAACGGACACUUGAAUUCAUGUUCUGCAAUAUUUUUGGUUAUACUUGAAAUCAUUCUUAACUGACGUUUUAAAUGAAAAUUUCCAUAAUGUUUUAGCAGAUUUGAGAGGCAGUUACAGUCUAGUAAGAAAGCUAAUAGUAAGAGGUCAAACUGUGCUUUACCAUAGCAGUAAUUAUGAUAGUGAAAUAUUUUGUGAAGGAAUUUUGAAAAGUGAAAUAUGAAAAUGAAAUGGAGAGAAUUUGAACUCUGUGAAAUGUUUCAAAAUGCAAAAUGCAAAAUAAAAUUACACUGAAGAUUUAAGAACUGAAUCCUCAUGCCAUAUCAUAUGACAUGAAUCCGUAAUACAUCAAAGCAGUCUUAGAAAUGCACAUUGGAUGUUGCCAAAGAAGCCUAUAUAAUGUGCAUUUUAUAACAUUUAGAUGUAAAUUUCUGUCAUUCACUUAGGGUUUGAAAAUCAGACUCAAACAUUUCUCACUAAAAUUAAUUGAAAAAAAAAAUGCAAAUGUUAUAUUGGGCGUUUGAUAUAAAUGGAGAUGCUUCUCGCUUCCAGGGUGCUACUCCCUUCAUGGAGUUUGCAUGUUCUCCUCAUGUCUUCAUGGGUUUCCUCCAACUACUGCCGUUUUCUCACACACUCCAAAGAAAUGCAGGUUAGUUAGUUUGACUGGUGUUGCUAAAUUGGCCGUGAUGUGUGCGCUUAUAUGAGUGUGUUCGCUCUGUAUUGGAGUGACACCCUGUUGGGGGGAUUGUUUCUGCCUCAUUCCCAAAACUUACUGGGAUACUCUCCAGCUUCCCUCCAUCCCUGCUCUGAAUAGGCAGGUUUUGGAAAUGGAUAGAGGGAUGAAGAUGCUUCAUUAAAGUGGUUACAAUUUGAAGGUGGAAAUAAUUAUACAAAAUAAUGCACAGUUAAUCAGGUGUGGUUUAUACUUUUCUUUAGUCACAGAGAAAGCAGGAUAGCACAGUAGUGUCUCUACACUUGGUUGCUGUAUUCUCAGUGUUCAUUUGGUCUUCUUGUAGCAUCUCAUGUUUUGUUUUACCCCACAGACAUGAUGAAGUAAGUUCCAUUGCUAACUCCAAACUGACCCUCUAUGUGGUUGUGCCCAUUUCACUACACUGACACCAUCCAUCCAUCCUCUUCCGCUUAUCCGGAGUCGGGUCGCGGGGGCAGCAGCUUAAGCAGGGAGGCCCAGA